GAGGGAGAGGCACACGCAUUUCUCAAGAGCAGAGACUCCGACAGGAGCGAUCCACCUUUGAGAGACUUGGUUCUUUGAGAAAGAGAAAGAGAGAAACAACAGCUUUGGCUUUACAGAAAACAUCUGUACCAAUACAGUUCAACUAAAAAAGCAACUCCUCCUCCUCCUGGGACAGGAGAUAAGAAUUUCUGAAGCAACCCCUAGGACCAAGUGAGUGGGGGAGCAGAGAAGAAGAAAAAUCCCUAGACACAGCAUGCAGACCACAUUCUGCACUCAGCUGGCUUGGUUAUGUGCAGUAACCAUCUCUUUGGCCGUGUACCCAGCCUGGCUGCAGAAACCUCCAAAGAGGAAGGUGAUCAGUGGGAACCCCAAGAACCUAGGCUGCUGCGAGGAGCUGAAGGAGCUGAAGAUGCACGUGGCCAACCUGUCCACCUUGAUACAGGAGCUGAGCAAGAAGCAGGAGGAUGAACUGGGAAACGCCAUCAUGCAGGUGAUGGAGCUGGAAGGAAGCUUCAAGCAGAUGGACCUGCGCCUCAAUGACGUGGAAGGGAAGUACUCAGAGAUGAACAACCAGCUGGGCAUCGUGCAGCUUCAGGCAGCUCAGACUGUCACGCAAACAUCCGCAGAUGCUGUGUAUGACUGCUCAUCGCUUUAUCAGAGAAAUUACAGAAAUUCAGGGGUCUACAAACUCCUCCCUGAUGAAUUCCUGGGAACGCCAGAAAUGCAAGUAUACUGUGACAUGGAGACUGACGGAGGAGGCUGGACAGUCAUCCAGAGGCGUAAAGUUGGCAUGAUUUCCUUCAGCCGGGACUGGAAGCAGUACAAGCAAGGGUUUGGCAGCAUCCAGGGAGACUUUUGGCUGGGAAAUGAGCACAUCCAUAGGCUUUCCCAGCGCCCAACAAUGCUGCGUGUGGAGCUCGAGGACUGGAAUGGCAACAUCCGCUACGCUCUGUACAACCACUUCACUCUGGCCAACGAGCUAAACAGCUACCGCCUCUUCUUGGCCAACUACAGUGGCAACAUACCACAUGACUCCCUGAGGUACCACAACAACACAGCCUUCAGCACUAAGGACAAGGACAACGACAAGUGUGUGGAUCACUGUGCGCUGUUACGCAAAGGGGGCUACUGGUACAACUGCUGUACAGACUCUAACCUGAACGGGGUUUACUACCGCAAUGGAGAGCACAACAAGAGCACAGAUGGGAUUACUUGGUACGGAUGGCACGGUAAAACCUAUUCCCUGAAGAGGGUCGAGAUGAAGAUUCGGCCGGCAGACUUCAAAGCCCAGGGGGAUACCAACAAAGUUGAGUAAGGCAGCAGAGACACAACUUCAUGGGGGACAGGGAAAAAGAUACACACAAACGCUAACCAAAAAAUAAACCACAACCACUGGUCUGAAAUACAA